AAACAUACAAGAGACGUUAUAGAAGGUAACACAUAAGGCCUUGUACAUGGUGGACACUACAAUUUUUAUGGCAGCGGAGAGAAACGGCCACAGCGGGCAGAUAUUUGAGGCCCUCAGAAAUCGAUUUCCCGAGAUUCCGGAACAAGUCAUCUCUCGAACGCUACAAACCGAGGUACUGUUGUCUUUUGUUAUUUCAGUUUCGUCAUUUCUCUGGAGAAUUUGUCGGUACAGUCAGCUGUUGUUUGUUUCUGGUUCAAGGUGAUCUAAUUCAGCUUAUUUUGUUGUGUUCAAACGCCUCGUUGUUAUAUUCUUUCGGAUUUUUUGAACGUGGGUUGUAUUGCUGUGGAGGUGUUGUCUAGAAAAAUAGCGUGUAAACCAAGUAAGUACAUACGAACCGGGUAGUCAGUUGUGUUGGAAACAGUGCUUUUCCUCGUUUUGCAGUAAUAAAGUAUGCUCAUCGACAAAUUGAUUCAAUUGCAAAAUAUCCUUGGGGACGAUACCAGCCAUUUUUCACACUCAUUUGUAAACAAAUUUGAAACCUUGAACGUUGUUUGCAUCAUACAGUUGCAAGGUGAAAUAUUGCAGGAAGAGAUCACGAAAAUCUCUCCCAAAAGACGGCGUCGAGACUUAAUGGGUAUUUCUUUUUUAACAUUUGGCGGCUGUAAGCUGUGUACAAGAGGAAAAGAUGCAACUAGAAAUCAUUAUCAAUAUACUGCACUAGAAUGUUAAAUACUGCCCGUCGCUCUAGUCAAGAUCGAAAGUGAGCGUACAUUUCUCGUACACGCUGGUUGUGUGUUACCUAAUCAUGUGUUAUCUGCUGGUAGGUAAGUUAACUUAGCAGGUAAAUAAAGUAAUCACGACAUUGGAGAAUCGUUGACUUUGAACGCAGACCGUCAUAACUAUAAAUUUGUCUAUGAAUCAUUGCCUAUCUACGUUCAUGUAAAACAGGAAGAGGGCUGUUAAAUCACAUGUUCUUUGAUAGGUAAACUUAUUAUCGCCUAUGUGGUCUUAUAAGGUGAUAACAAGUUGUUGGGGUACGUUCAACAAGUUUUCUACUGGGGAUAAAGUGACAAACUGCAGAAUAGCAAGAAAGCUUAGUUGAUAGAGAGUUUAAUUUCAUUUUGAUCUCUAUUUUAAUGUCAAAUCUAAUUAAAUCAGUAACAUAAAUGUGAUGAAGUAUAAGUUUAAAGUACAAUCAGAAAAUCCCUAUUCAUUCUACUUUAAAUGAAUAGUGAGCUACAAGAUUAACUUGUUUUCACAGCUUAUAAGUCAAUUAUAUAUGAGUAAUUUGUGCUUAUCUUUUAAUUCACUAAGCUUUUUUGCCUAGAAUUAAAGGUUGAAAACACAGAAGUGUUAUUUACUAUUAACUUUUAUAAUUAUCAUUUUAAAUACCAUUCUCUGAUAGAGACAAGGGUUUGAAGGCAUUGUGACAAAAAAGAAAUACAUACCAGCUUCUUUUGUCCACUGCAAAGUUUGACAGUACAUGUAAUUUAUGCUAGCUACAGUCAUAUAAGGUCAAUACAAGUCAAGUCUGACUAUUAUAUAAAGUAAAGGGCUUCAUCAACAUGUACUUUUGUUGAAAAGUCAAAACCCAGUGGUGGCUUUCUGAAUAAUAGUGAAUGUCCAUUUUCAAUCAUCUUGACUUCUUCUGAAGUCUUCUUUUACAGAUAUUUUAAUAAACCUUUUUUCGUGGCUUUUACAUGUAAGUGUAAAUUCAAAGGUUAGUGUUAUAAGCCAUUUUAGCCAAUGGAAUUUUAAAAAAAAUUACUUCUUUUUCAGCAUGGGAAUCCGGAAAGGUGUCUGGCCGUUCUCGCAGUGGAGAGUGACAAAAUCCUCUAUGGUGGAAUUGAUGUGUUAGACAGUCCAAUGCCUGUUCAGCCAACAUCACAAAACACACCGAUAGAUGAACCAAUAUCUAUCACAAUCCCCUCUUCAACUACGUCCCCAUAUGUUCUGAAUAGAAUAACACCACCUCUUCAUCCAGCAAUAAGGCCGAUGACAGUCGCACAACCUAGUCCUAGUGCAGGAUUUGUGUCACCUGUCUCAGCUGACAGACCACCACCCUCUGCAGUUGCAUCAUAUGAUCAAAGUAUGUGUUUUGUUUAUGGUUAUGAAUAAGGGCUAGGGCCACUACUACCUACUUAGGUGAUCUCGUGAUCUAGCCUAUGUUACCUAUCCAGCCUAUUUAUGUUUUUCAUUGUCGAUUAUGUUAAAGUUUUGUGUUCUUAGGCGAACAAGCUCCAGCAAAACUCAAGUGCUUCUGUUAAAGAGAAUAAUUUAUAUUCCACGAAAAUUGACUGUUUUGUAGUAGAUUCGUUGCAUUUACAUUUGACCUUUGUGACCAUUCGUCUUUUGUCUAUCAUUCGAAAACAAUAACUAAAAUAACUUAACCACUACAUCAACAAAUCAGAGCUACUGACCAGAUUGAGGACAGAUUUGUCAUUGUCAGUAUGGAAUUUCUGUUGCUGAGGCGCAGGCGUACCUGCUGGGAAAAUACCUCUAGUGGAGGAGCAAGGAGAGAUGGCUGUUUUCGCAGGCCACUCCGGAUCAAGCCAAAUGAAUGAAUGAAGGCUAUAUGGGGAAGGGGAUUUUUCCCACUUAUGGUGCAUUUAAAUUGAGCUCACUUUGCUAGCACAAAAAAAGAGCUUUGAAAAAAUCGGAAACAGCAUCUCUGUGGUAUGCCUUAAAUCAAAAUCAAUAAAAUCACCAUGUCACUGUUGAGUGAAGUUUAAUCAAUUACUCAAGAAUACUUUUGUUUUUAACACUCCCAUGUUUUCUCCUGGUGCAAUGAGACGUCUGUGUACAUGAUGCAGUUUCAGACAUGCUACAUUUUGGUAGGAAUUAGGCCAUGAAAUCGCAGUAAUGUUAUCUGUACCUGUAUGGUACAGAUGUCAGUGCAUCUAAAGUACAUGAAUUGGCCAUCAAAUCCCAGAAAUUUGUAGCCAAAUACUACAAGUGACUAGAAUUCAUUAUCUCGUGUACCAUGAUAUUCUUAAAUAGACCCAAACUGCAGUAUGCACAUGCAUAAAAUGUCAAUCUGUGCAAAGAAAAAGUAAUUUUACUCUUUUGCAUUUUGCAUAAAUGUACAGUUCAACACUGUGAACAAAUGUUGCUUUUAACUUGCAGCUUUACUUUGUCAUCAGCGGCAGAGAUUGGAGACCCUUAAAAAGGUUUGACUUUGUGAUUUUAUCCACCUACAGUAAAGAUGAGGGCUGUAACCUAAUCACACUUGGCACUUCUUGUGACUUACUCCUGCCUUGAUGCGACAAGGAAAUAAAGACUAUAAGUAUUCCCCCACUAUUUUCAUGUAAAUAUCCGGUACAUCUACCACAGAUCUCAAAACUUGUGGUUGUCACACAUAAACAACAACAACAGCAACAAAAAAGCCUUGAAGGUGUCAACUUUCUGAUUUGCGUGGCUCCCUCAAAGUAAUUCCAUAGUGCUGUAACUGUAACUUUUUAAUUAAAAAUACACUAUGGAUACUCCAAAGGUCAGCCCUUUGUUCAAGCCCAAGCCAUACACUAGUGUCAUAUUCUUUUUAGUAAUAAUUUUGUGUACUAGCAUUACUGCUGAAGUUAGAAGUGGAGUUGUUCAGAAUCCUUGAAAUGAAUACAAUAUGGUAACAUUGAUAUUUUGUUGAGAAGUCAUACCUGAUACAACUCUUUUUAAUUUGACAGGAAAUAUACAAUGAACAUCAUAAAUUAAUCAGAUUAAGAAGUGAAUGCCAAGAAAAAGAAACAGACAGAAUCAACAAAAAGUUCCGGGUUGCUCCUUAUCCCACUGUAAGUUUACUGGUAUUAACAGUUAGACCUUUAUGGUGUAGGGCAGGUGCAAUGGGUUAUUCCAGAAAAAAUCCACACCCCCACGACGGAAGGCAUGCUGGAAAAUCUCACUGUAGGCGGGGUUAACGGCUCUGGAAAUUCAGACGUGAGGGGGCCUCUGAAACUAAAAAUACAUCCUCGGGGGUAACUUUCGAUUUCAUCGAUGUUUCAAUCGCUUCAAUCAAUAAGUUUUCAAAAAAUUGCUUUGCUUUUUCAAAAUUUAUUAUUCUUUCAAACUACAGACCUCUUACCACAUUUAUUUUAAGUUUCCAUCCAUAGGCUCGCCCUCGUUACUUUCGUAGAGGUGACGUGCGAUAACUUGAAGAUAUCAAGAAAAAUCUCAUAAUUCAUAAAAAAAGUACUCAGUUCAAGGAAGGCAAACAAUUAUUUUACCUUGAAUUAUACAUUUUUCCAAGGUUAAUUCUAUUUCAGGGUUAUCUACCACUAAACAGGCCUUACAAGUACAUUUUGUAAGCGUGGUUGUUCGUGAUUGUUAGGCGGCCAUUUUGAAAGGCAAGUGUUGUGGCGAGUGGUACAGCGUGUCAUGUAAUAUCACGCAAAGUGUCCUUUUUCUUUCUUUCUUGGUCAGUUUUUAUCCACAAAGAAGAGAACCAUUUAUUCGAGAACAUAGUUGGUUUUGAGCUUUAUUGUAGUACAUAUUACUGUGUAUUUUGCCUGUUCUAGAAAAAAGAGAAGUUCACUCAAAUAUGAGCUUAUAUGCAAAAAGUGUAAGCCUGUUUAAGAAGAUGUGAAAAUGGAAUCUUAACGUUCACAACAAACACAGAAUUCACGGAAAAUUGAGACUUAUUUAAUAAAAAGAUCAUCUAAGUGCCUAAAAGGAUUCUUCCACAUUGAGUGUAAAGUAAAAUCAUGGUGCCUAACAAUUUUAUGGAAAUCCAGGUGGGUGGGGGGUCUUUGAACCUUGGAAAUCCUAAGUGGAGGGGGGCUCAAGCAGUUUUGGAAAUCCAGGUGGAUGUGGGGGUCAAAAAAUCGUGCCUUCCGUCGUGGGGGUGUGAAUUUUUCUGGAAUAACCAAUGUACAUGGCACAAUGUACAUGUAUGAUUGAUUGCGGCACUAAUAAAUUAACUUUGGUGACAAAUGUGCCCCACUUGGCAUAUUUUACGCCCAUGAAAAAGUAGGGUUCAUACAGGUCAUGGAAAACCUGGAAAGUCAUGAAAUUUAGGAAUUUCAUUAUUUUUCCAGGCCUGGAAAGUCAUAGGAUAAUUGUCGGUCCUUGAAAGUCAUGGAAAAUUAGCAGUUUGGUAGAUUAGUCACUAUAGAUGUCAUUAUCAGAGUUAGGUCAAAAAUACCCUAAAACAAGGAAAAUGUUUAGAACUUUGUAACAUCACAGCAAAACCUAUGGUCAUGGAAAACUUGGAAAGGUCAUGAUAAAAGUCAUGGAAAGUCAUGUAAUUUGGAGAGCUCAAAAGAGUACAAACCUUGAAAAGGCUUUUUUAUCCAUGGUGUUAAAAGAUCUCUGGAAGGUAUAGUCCUUUUGACUUCAGCUUAGAGCCUUGACAUUUUCAAGAGCUUCUAGUGAAGAACUCUUCAUUCUGACUAUGUACAGGUUGGGUACUCUUUUAUUCUUGGAUUAUUUUUUUUCCUUUGUUCCAAACUCAUUAUCAUUUAUGUGCAUUGCCUUACUCAAAAAAAAAGGAAAAAAAUUCAACCAUAACAUACAUACCGGUAUGUACAUUUCGAAGGUUUUGUAAUAUUAGCAGAGAGUUAUAGUCUUGUCACCAUCCUUGUUCUGUUUUAACUGAGUAUUUAAAUGUACAAUUCAGUCUGCAGAUGUAAGGCAUCUUAGAGGUGAAAAUCAGGUGUUAACAGAAGAAAUUGAACAGAUGACACGGGAAAUCGAUGAGCUGAGUAAUGGACGAGAAGGUGGGUGUCUGUUUGUAUUUUAAUGUUUGGAAUUCGCUGAGAUUUCAUAAUUAAAUGUCAGAAUACAUGUAACCAAAUUAACCCAAAUGAUUUUAUUUUAUUGAUUCUAAUUAUAAAAAAAAUCUUUUCAUAAGAUUUUCGUUUAGUUUGCACCUGUUUGCAAAUCAAAUAAAUAAAAGCUUACACAUUUGUACUUCCUGUUAAGGUUUUUAAAUGCCCUAGUGGCUGUUGCUAAGAGCCAGAGACCAGAGAUUUUCCCUGACUUCUUAGAACAUGACCCCCUGGCUACUUUCAUAGAAAAAGAAUGCAAACAUCUAGGCACCUCAAUCCCCCACCUACUAAUUGUAUUCAUUUAUACCUGACAACAGUCCUGUAUCAUAAUAAUUUUCAUUUGUACAUUUACUGAAUAGAAAGUUUAUUUCUUGUAGUGCAUUUUACAUGUAAUUAACAAUUAUUCGCCGAAGGUGAAGUUAAGAUUGUUGAAUAAUCCCGAGAUGAAGUCGAGGGGAUUAUUCAACAAUAUUAACUGAGCCUGAGGUGAAUAAUUGUCUUAGUAUAAUUAUUCACACGAAGUGAUCUCAACAGAAUCAGAAAGGAAACUAUUAAAAAGCGAUUAGUUUGAUUGGCGGGUGAAUUCGUGUGUGAACACGAAGUUGUAAACAGUGGAUGCGCAAAAGUUAGAUCUUUACAGUAUCUUCAAACAUGGCAAAUGAUAGUUUUAAUCUUUUUUGUAUCGAGUUUUGUAAGCUUGAGCAUCAACGGUUUAAAAGAAAACACCGAAACAUUAAAUUACUACCCAAUUCUGAGAAGAAAAGUAGAGCUUUAUUUGUUUCUGUUAACUCACCGUGAAUGAGAAAGUUUUCUUUGUCGCUUCUUGCAAAUGCUGUCAACAGCGGCUAUGAUCAAGGUGAGGGUUGUUUAUCUCCAAUGUCCUUUGGCUUGUUAACUUGCUGGCACAUACAACUUUCGAAAAUGUUUGCCUUCCUCUUUUCUCCAUAAAUUAACUUAUAUUUAUAGGCGAAAUUGAUCUUGUGAGAAAAUCCCGAAAUCACAAAACAGUGACAAAGCGACCUCGUUUUCCUCUGUAGUGGUAAACAUAGCUUCGAGCGUACAAAAAGUGAGCUACAGUAAACCACUUCACAAUAAAUCACGCUGUUUGUUUCUUGCCUUCAAAGUCAUCAGCACUAGGAUAUUCGAGUAUUUUCAAAAAGGCUUUACCUUGAAACUUUGGCAAAACACCCAGUUCAUGCAGGACAGCGAUUUUGUUCUGCUUUAUACUGUUUAUAGUCACUGCCUAGCGUGGUGAAUAUAAUGCACCUAUCAAUGUAAAUUCCGUGGGGGGGGAGUGCGGGCAAGGGGAGGGGAUUUGAUGCCUGAGACUAUCCCCAUGUCGGCCUUUUGAUCGUGAAGCGACCCCGGGGUUGGGACAUUUGACUUUGACCGAUAGAAGCCCGGUAUCAAUUCAGAAGCGGUUACCAAGUCUGUCCCUCGAGGCUUUCUGAAAAUCACGCUGUUGGAGAAAGGUAUGAAGUUUUCAUUUGUUUUGAUCACUAUAAUCCGAUACUUUACACUGUCAUCUAAACAGAUAAUGUCUAUUUUGAGAAAGUUUUUGUCUUCUAGUUCCUAUCUGAUUGUAAACCUCGAUUUGAAAUCGAAUUUUACCGUGAAAGUCAGAGGAUUUUUUACGGGUCACUGAUUCGACCUGUUCCCACAUGUUGAGCAGAUGUUAUAAAGCAUUUUACGUUUCAUAAUAUAAUAGCACGGUCAAUCUUCCUGGAGCGAUUAUGUUGUUCAGAAUAAGAGAUGCAAGUGGAGAGAGAAAAUACUUAAUUACAGCAAGUAAUUUGUUUAUUUUGGAGGAUGCUUCAAAAUUAUUAAUUCCCCACAUCGUAGAUCAGUUCGUGUGUUUUGUCAUUUAUCACUCAUCAGCAUUGCGUAAUAGCUUUAUUGAUCUCACUGCAUGUUCAGCACGUGAUUUAUUGUUACAUGUAGUUUAACCUGCGCUGCAGGCGUAUUGUACACUUAUCUCGAAUUAUCACCUUGCAAGUUUUUGCUGGAACGUGUUCUUUAUCCGUUUGUACAUUUCCUUUACCCAUCCCUCCCACCCAGAUGGUGGGCAGAGAGCUUUAUUUCUUCGGGUGUUUUAUCGGUUUUUCGCUUUACUUGAAAUAAAUCUCUCUUUAUGCCAAACAAAUGGUGUGUCCUAUUUUAUUGGUUGUUAGUUUGCUUAGAUAUCCCCGGGGAAUUUAACGGAACUUACGUUAACCUUAAAUAAAAAGUAGUAAGAACGUACUUUUGAAAUGUUCUUUUAUUCGUUUUAAAUAGUAUUAUAGUAUUGUUUGUUUAGAUUUUUCCCCCAGGGUGGGGACUUUUUUGACACUUUUGAUUGACCUUUUGUUUCCCACCCUGGGGAAUUUGAUCAAAAAAUUUUAAAAUUUGUCAAAUCCCCACCCCUUGCCCCCCCCCCCACGGGGUUUACUCUGAUAGGUGCAUAACGUCAUAGUCCGAGAUAGCUAACCAAUCAGACUGCUUGAAUUACCAAGAUCACGGAGUGUGUAUAUACUAAUACCAUAUAUAAGGUGCCAACACUUUUGCCUCAUUUUAUUGUUCGAAAUCUAUUUCUGAGGUGACUUGGUGUGAAAGUUGCAUACGUAUUGCAGUGAAAAUCUUCUGAUAGUUCUUACAGUGAUGACUGUGUUGUUAAUUAUCUAGUUGUGAUAGGACACCACCCUAACAGUAAUCCAGCACUUAAUCAGCUGCCAACCUACCCACCCCCAGGUAUGUAUUGUAUUAUUAUUACACAUACAAUACUAAUCAAAAGUAAGUUGAUAGACUGGUGGGAGUCUCAAUGCUGAACUCAAGUCUCAAUACUUCAUCCUGUGAGCGUUGAAAAUUGAGGAUCAGUUACUGAGAACUUAGAUAGUGGAAACUUGGGAGAUGGCAAACAUUAGACAUACAGUGGAACAAUAAUGAUUUCUCAAUAAUUUUAUACCCUGGUUCAUGCAUGUACAUUGUAAAUGUGACUCUGAUGGCUCUAUGGAUGGGCUUCCCAGGAUUUCAAACAACAAGAUUGCAAAUUUCAUUCAUCAAAUAACACAUUUAGACACGAAAAGCUUAAGGAGAUGUAAGUUUAUUUCACCUGUAAAAUACUGGCAUUAUUUUUUAAGAGAGUAAAGUUAGAGUAAUCCAUUUUGGCCAUUCAUCAAGCGUUAAAACCAAUGCCUUUUUAGCAGACUUUUAACAGACUUCAGUCAAGUGCUUAGUAACCUGGGUCAAGUUUCCCCUCUGUUUUUUCUUUUCCAAAAGCAUUUUUAUGGCAUGAUUUCAGACAUAAAGAUUGUCAAACUUUUUACUAUACUGUAUAAUACAAUGGUGGAUGCUAAAAAAGCUGUUUUAUUUUUGCAGUGUAGGGAGGUAGAUAAACAAGUUGCUGUUUUCUGACCAUUAAUUUUCUUCUUGUAAAAUUUGUUUACAAGAGCUUUAUGAAAUAAAAAAGAAAACUACAAUCCUGGACAAAACUACUUGAGAAAGUUUUCCCCAUCAUGUCCACUCUCCCACGCAACAAAACUAUUUCCAAAACGACGCCUUUGCGGAAAGAAAACCCCUUCCCCCAAUUCAAUGUUGCUUCCCACAAACACCCAGGGAUCAGGCUUUCUUUUGAAUACACAACAACAUUGCUUUCAGGGGAAGGGGGAGAGGGAAGAACCGGUAGAGCUAUGAUGUUUAGGAAAAUGCUGUCCAAGUAUACAAUUUUCUCAACAGUUUUGUUCAAGAUUGUAGUCCUCUAAGAGGACAUGCGCUUACUGGCAAUGAAUAGUCUGUACAAAAACCAUGUGCUUGCAAAACAAAAUCGUUCUUCAAGGCAGUCACGUUGUGUACAAGUGACUUCUAAUCGGCGCAUGCACUUUUUGUCACUGUUUGUUAUGUGCUAUCAGGGGCGUAGCCAGCCCAUAGACCUGUGGACCCCGGGCGUACAAACUUUUGGUUUCGUAACACUACUGCUUGUAAUAACUUAUGGGUAGUUGGGGUGUGCUAAAAAGCUUAAAGGGUCAAAGUGUUGUUGAGGUCAGUGCAUACUUGUCAUGCGUCCAAUUUUCAGGAAAUGUGGAAAGGACAAUCAACCAGGCCUAUAAAUAGUCAAAAGUCUGGCUACGCCCCUGGCUACAAGCGCUAGAUAGCAUGUAACGGUGGUUCAGCGGCCACAGACAAAGUUAAAAGGUUUCUAGGAAACUGCCCACCUACCCCUCCCCUAAGCUAACAUUAGCACGUAGUUCUCACUUUGGGCAAAAUGAUGGCUUAUGGAAGGGGUAGGUGAGCGGUUUCCCAGAAACCAAAAUUGAUCUGUUAAAACUUAUACAGAAUGGUUCUGGGACCAUUGUGAUUUCUUGUUAAGAUUUAGCACACAAAUCGUCGUAAUGAAAUUACCAUAAAAUGAAAUUUUAAAAAUGCCUGUUGUUUUGAAAACAUGCGAAAUUGUGACCGUUAAAUUGAAUGUCUACAUAGUAAAAGUGAAGGAUUCAAGUUUGCUUUUUCCACAUUGCGAUUUUCAUUUUUUUAUACUACCAAUGAUUAAAAAAUAUUCAUUACUAGUAACACUCUAUCAAUACGUAAAGCAAUUACAAAUAGAUAGAAAUAGGAAAGAAAUUAAUUUGGCAAAACAGAUAAUAAUUUGAGAAUUAUCAUAAGUCAAAAUGGAGCACAGUUCCUGUAAUCUGAUAUUUGAAAGACCAUUUCUCAUGAAUGCAAACACCUUUUGUUUUUAAAAUGUCAGAGCAUAAAUAUCGUAUUUAGCCUUUUCAAAAAGCUCUAAGAACAAUCAGUAUCAAGUUCCUCAAGAUAAGGCAAGUAAAUUUUUAAUUCUUCAAGUAAAAGGAAGCUUCACACACAACCUAUCUUUUUUACUUCAGGCUAACUUAAGGCUAUUUUCCCGUGCAACAUAAUUAAGAUUGAUUGACAUGCUUCGCCUUUCUCAAAGCUCAAGAAACUGCAAGUUCGCAAAGUUGGUUUUAAGGAUGGUUUUCAAGUCACUUGAAACUUUACUUUCCGACUUUAAUGAGAUGCAACAUAAAUUAAAACUUAGCGACUCUUAAGUCUUACUUAACAGCCCAGUGUAAAGGCUACCAUUCAUUCAUUCAUUCUUACACAGACUACAUACAUGCCAACUCUCCCGGAUUAUGCGGGAGUCUCAUACAGUAUACAGUACUGAUCUCCCGCUCUCCCAUAUGGGUCACCAUAUCUCCUGGAUAAAAUCAUCCUUUGAGCUUUUCUGUGCUUUAGUUUGAGAUUUAGCCCAUUUUUAGCUCAAAACUUGAAUUUUUCUUAUUCGCAGUAGGGUUUCUGGGGCAUUUUCGCACAUGUUUUAAUAGUCACUGACGAAGAUAAAUUUCUGGCAUCAAAAUGAUGAUUGCGGAUUUUGAUAGCAUGUACUUCAUGGAAGACUUCAUACAAUGCCCUAAGUCAUUCCCAUUGAGGGCUGGGUCAAUUUGUUGGGGGCGGGGAGGCAGGGGUGAGUGAAAAAAAGAGAGUCUCCAGAUUUUAGAUCUCCAGAGGUUGGCAUCUCUGAGACUACACCAUGGAGUGUUACUGGCUAUGAGCCAUUAAGCCCAAGAUUACCAUGCUCAUGUACAAGUUAUAAAUUCCAUGAUGAGUUCUUGAACACAGUUGAUUAUUUUUUUCUUCUUGAGUAUUCUCAUUUGACCACUUCCCUUUCUUUAUCGUGUUUGUGUUUAUAUAGUUAGAAGAGUUGAAAGUUUCCCUUCCUGUAGAGCCAAUACUGGUGCAAAUGGUGAGUCCUCAAUCUAAACAAAAACUUUUUUUGUUAAACGAAAACUUACUUCACAGUUUACUACCUGAAAAACAGAGUUCUGCAUUCAUUCAACUGUAUUCUAUCAAUUUGGCCAACCUAAAUAUCUAAACAUGUUGGUUGCUGCAGAUAGGCUUAAAGUGCAGAAAAGACAUUUUUUAUCCUCUUCUAGUAACCUGCUGACAAAUAGAUCUACAUUUAGGGGUUCAUUGAUUGUUUAAGCCAUGAUAAAUUAUGUGAAACUUUGUUGAAGAAACCGGCCAAAAAUGUUUUUAGGAAUUUUUCACAUCUAUGGGCCUGUUUCUUGCUUUAAAAUGGAGCUGGAUGUGAGCUGAUCUUUGUCAUUAGAUCCUUUGCUAUAUAAUUCAUACUAUACAACACAACUCUCUCAUUGUUUCCUUAAUAGACAAGAAACUUUACUAAAAUACUCUCUGUCUCCUCACCCAAGUGUAAUAUACUGUAAGUAGGUGCUUGUAGCAACCUACUGCUGGGGAGACACUAUGAUAGACAGCCAUGAUCAUCCAAUCCAGUGGACAAGGGGGUGGGGGGAGGGAGGGGAGAAUAGCAUUACUUGUGGGUCCUUCAUGCUACAUUGCUACAGGAAGCAGGUUAAGCUGUUGUGGUAACACAAGGUUUCAUCUUGCAUCAUCAUGCCUUUACAUUUACCUUGCCACCAUAGUCAACUUCUUGCUAAGCUAACACAAAUGUAAUGCAGGCCAUGAUACAGGCCACGAUGGCUCAGCACAAGCAAAAUAAUAUCCAUUUUUUUUCAUGUAACUAUACUCACUAUAAGGCAGACAAGUGUAAUUCUGCCAAGGGGACACAGCACACAUUUCUCAGCAAACUUCUCAUAUAUAUAAAAAAAAGAGAACUUAAGGCUGCACGUUCUUGCACAAUCAAUGGAUUAUUAACGUGGUUAUUAUUUCUGAGAAUAAAAAAAAUAUUAUUGAGCUUUUCUCCCAACCUGAGAUUACCAUGAUAGUAACUUGGAAAUUGGAAAAGUAGGUUGUGCAGUUCAGGUAGAAUAAUAUAGCAGCUAUUAUCUUGUACAAUUUUUACUUAAAGCUGGGUAGCCUGAAAGUAAAGCACUGAACUUCUUUUUUUCUUUGCCAUGAUGUAGGCUGCUGUAAUGAGUUCCUUUGAUGAGGUCUUUAAUGAUUAUAAUCCUGCUUUUUUAUUGGCACUCUGUGAUGUGAAGCGGUUUCCACUAAUUUUUUAAACCUUUGCCUAAAUGUUUUACCUCUGCAAGAGACAGUUUACAUCUUACAUGUUUCACUGGCCACUGGUAAUCCUAACAGACAAAGAACACUUGAGUGCAUAACACAGCCCUUCUAGACAGUGAUGGUGGGACUUUUUUCUUCUUAAUAGGUCGUGCUUCUUCACUUCAUCGAUUCUGCUCAAUGAUUGGAAGCUUAACUACACAUUCUUCUCAUGGUAAAAAAUUAAUAAGAAUUAACAGGUUGCAUUAACUGUGGGUGUCAUUAACCUUAUUACCACUACUCAUAAUGAUAUGGAUACAAAAACAUUUUGUAACACUGAGGAGGAAAUAGUAGCUGAAUUAUAACAAUACAAUUUGAUGUAGCGAAAUCAUUUAGGUGGCCAGGAAAUUUUUAAUUUCCACCAAGACACUCAAAAAGUGUGGUCAUGACGAUUCUGUUUGGUGAGAUCUUUAAGUCCUCUAAUGCACUGUAGAUCUUUUGACAAACAAUGUUGAUCUUUUUGACACAAAAAGUUUUCAAAGCCUACAUGCAUAUGAUCGUAGAAAUAGAGUUAACACAUUAAACCAACUGAUUGCUCCAGUAUAAUUCUGUUUAAUAUCUAGAUUCUGGUUUAAUCCUUCUUAUUAGUAAAUUUCCCUCUUUUAAACCUCAACUUUUCCUGCUCUACCUUAACAUUCCCCCUUUUCAGCUAACCCUUCAUGCGUCUUUGACCUUAAAAUGUACCAUAGAGCUGAUUUGGUUUUUGCUAGUAAUAGCAUACACGUACAAUGAUAUUAUUUCCUCUAUGGCCAGUGAUAAGCCCCCAGUCUGAGGCACCAAAAUUUACACCCCCAAACGCUGCCACCCUGAAAAGGAUAUUUUACUAAAAAUACUAAGCGAAUAGAAGAUGAUAUAAUAGUUGCUCAAUCCUUGUUGUCUGAGUCAUGCCAUGUCCGGGUAAUUUUGACUGAGUGUAUUAAUAAAAAAAAAAAAAGGUGAAUGAAAAGAUAUAGGACGACAACAAAAACAAAAUAGUAAAUUGACGGUCCUGGAGCAUUGGACAGUGUAAUAAUAGACCCCCCAUCACACCUCCUUAUGAAGGAGAAGGGGCUAUAGAGAGCGACUAUACACACCUACGACUUAAGUAUGAAAGCGAGGACUAAGUGUCACAUCGCAAUUAGAUUGUGUAAGAUUGCAGAAGUACACCUUACUACCACCACAAAAAAAUAUCUUUCACCAAUGCUGUUCUGCUGUCCUUUGUAAUAAUCGUUCCGAUAGUAUGAAAGACUUGAUGUGUCAUGAUGUGUCAAUCCUCUUGUCUACUUUCCUACGCACGUUCAUUUACUAUAACUUCUCCAGGAAUAUCUUUUGGAGUUAAUUUAUAUUCUUUAAAUGACUAAUCACUUUAGUUUACGGUUUUGGAAGUUUGCGGGAAAUCUGGUGGCGCUUAGGCCUCUGCUUCAUGCUUAAUUCUUAAGUGUGUAUGGGGUAGCACAAUAUGAAGGGCAUUAAUUGAGGGGCGUUAAUUUGCAUGUAAGGCAUGUCAGUUAGAAGAGUCCAACUUCAUUCCAAGAACCUAAUUUAACUAAUAGUUGCUUUUUCACAUUGAAAGUUUUCAUUGUCCCUGCUGAAUACAGACACUUAUAGCACAUUGUUAAGGGGUUAGUCUCAACCUAAAGUGAAACUUUUGUAUAAAUUGGCCAAUAAUUAGUGGUUGCGCUUGAGAUUGACUCAGUGUUGUGUGUCAAUUUUGCACUACUGGGCCCAGUUGUUUGAAGACCGAGUAACGCUAACCCGUGAUUAAAUUUAAAGUUUUGUUUUUCUUUUGUUCAAGAGAAUUUUCUUGGAUAAUUUUCUCUAUUCUUUUUAGGGCAUCUAGUAUCAAAGUUGGGUAAGCAUUUUGUUGGAUAAUUUCCUCUAUUCUUUUUAGAUUAUCCAUUCAAAUGUGGAAAUGGAUGCUCUGAAAAGAGUGUAGAAAAUUAUUCAAGAAAGAUGCUUAACUUUAAAUUACUGAAGAACAAGAAGAAUUAAACUUUUCUUUUUUUAAGCUUUCAAGUUUUGCACUUACCUCAGGUUAUCUAACUUAACCCAGCUUUUAACAACCUGGCCUUGGAGUGUCUUUGGCGAAGGACUUUGAGCCCAGUUCCCUACACAGCUGUGUAAUAGUCAAUGAGAGGAGUGCUAACAAAACACUCCCAUAAUGCAAUUCCCGACAACACUGACCAAGUAUCACCCUUAAACUAAAAAUAGCAAGCGCUGCCAGGAAGGUGGCUGGAAUAUAAAAAUAAACAAUAGACAGGGUUGCAAAUGGGUCUUCUCACUGGAAUUUUUGAAUACAUUCACUUCAGGUGAAGUCUAACCCUGUAUUGAAAAAAAAAAUAAUGCCUCUUCAGUGCUUUUAUUCAAAGGACAGAGAACUCAAAACUGUCAUAAGAAAAAUGUCGGUUUAUGACUUAGCAAAAAACAAAUGGCAACAUUCGAAAUUCCUGCUGAAGAGGUUUCAGGUCAGUGGUUAAACACGGUAGGGUCUCAGCAUCAAUACACCUUGUGUAGGACUAUUUGUUUCUCUCCUUUGCCCUUAGCCUGAGAAAACAGCCGACAAUUUGCGACGCUUCCACUGGUUCCCCUGUGAAAUGGCAUCUGACUAAGGAGCGCAGAAAUUCCAUACGAACGACGCAUCACUACCCAGAUCUGGGUGGUGUCGAGUCAUCAGGAUGGAAUUUCUGCACUCGUUCUUCGGACGCCAUUUCUUAGGCCACUUUUCUCUUUACCUUGUCUUAGUGGUCCAGGCAAGGUAAAAAGACAAACAUGAUCUACAGACAUGAAAAUAGUGUAACAGAAAAUACAACAGCGAAAUGAAACAUUUCAAAUUUAAAUUCUUUUUUUUUUUCAAUUUACAGAUGAAGAGAGUCCUUCAGGCAGUAUCAGUCCUCCUCCUGAUGGUGGAAGUGUGAACGAUUGGGUCUUUCUUCCUCCAAAUCUUCAAACCACAGUACACACUUCAGGUAUGAAUGUUUUGCUGUUGUUGUUGUUCAAAAAUGCACUUUAUUUAAGUGUCAAUAUAUUUAGCACGAAAGACCAAUUGGGGACACUAUUUUUUACGUCUCUUACUGAAGGAGGGUCGUUAUUUUACGUGGUCAUCCGAGCCACGCGAAGGUCUAGCCGUUUGCUGAGCAAAGGAAGUACAUUCAUUUCUCAGUUAUUUUAAGACUCUUGAGUAGUGGUCCGGUCCCGGGAAUCAAACCCGUGACCUCCCGCUCUGCAGUCAAGUGCUCUUUCGACUGAGUAAUAGAAAAAAGAUGAUGUGAAAUGUGGAAAUGCAUACGUAUUGUAAGAUAUCGUAUUUUUGAUUUGUAUUUCCGCAAUUCACAUGAUCUUCAUUCCAUGUUUCAUUUCUUUUUAUGGGGUAAGAUGAACUCAACAAAUCGGUCUGCUCCCAGUGUAUGGGUCUUCAUAGCUCAGUUGGUAGAGCACAGUAGUGCUAACGUAGAGGCCAUGGGUAAUGGGUUGAAAUCCUUGUGAAGCCAUGCAAAUUUUGUCGGGGUUAUUCACAUUGUUUAAAUUGCAAUCACCACUGUGAUGGUCAUAUCGUAAUUUAGAUUUUUUUUUUUCCAGUCUGUAAUACAGGCAAUUCAGAAAAAGUAAAUCCGAGCCGUCCCAACCGGAGUUGAAGUAGCCUGCGUGGCUGGUGGUUUUUUCGGUGUGUUUUUCGCUUUUGGUUCGUAUUUAUACGACGACGCUCAAGGUCAAAGUGCUUCUCCUUUUGCUCCCUUCCCUCAUUGUUUCGACCUCGGUUCAGCUCUCACGCGGCUGUAGGAACCAACAAAAGAAAAAACACACCAUAAAAAACCGCCAUCUACGCAGGCUAGAGUUGAACGUGUAAUGCCGUGGUUGUUAGUCCAGAUGUACUUAUACCUGUGGCCCUGACUAAAAAAGAACAAUAGCAACAACAGCAACACUCUCGUUGUAAACGAGAGUGAAAUAUUUGUGUGCAGUCCUUGUGGUGCGGCCUGUCUUCAUUGGCCAUAUUUAUUUAAUCCCAUUGUACAUAUUUUGUGUGAAGUUUAUAUUGACAGUGAUAUCUGCUUUGUUUGUCAUCAGAAAACACGACCUGGACUUGCACUGUCUGCACCUUUCUAAAUCACGAAGCACUGGAAGUCUGCGAGAUGUGCGAAAUGCCAAGGAACCGCGCCGUGGAGGCUAGAGCGUGAAUCGACUGGAAACGAACUAAUCACGGACUUGCGCACUUUGACAGGAUCAAAGUGUCAGCGAUCGAGCUUCAUCAUAAGUUAUGAACAAUACAGCGCAAGCGAAGACUCUUGAAAAAUUUUAAAAGGCGUCGGGACAGUGGUUAUUGUUGUAAACAAUAAUUUGCUUUAGUCUUAUUUCUUCGUUGUUUUUCUUUGAUGCCGUUAUGCGACGCCCAAAGUUAGAAUAUAUCUGAUUAUUUUUCUCCUUUGAAAGGGCUUGUAGCCAGGAGAGAAAAUAUGACUUUUUAGUCACUUUGAAGGAUGUCAAAGAAUUAAAGUAAAACUUGUAAACCUGG